AUGAAAUGUAACGAAUACUCCAAGUCUGCUCAUUUAAUAGAGAAGCUUAAUAUCCACACUUUCUGGGUGGACGCAAAGAAUUACGUGGAGCACACGCGGAAGUGGUUCGCGGAAGCCAUCCCCUUCCCGCUUAAUUUUUUCCUGCCGGGCCGAAUGCAGAAACGGCAGCUGGAGCGUCUUCAAACGGUCUGCGGGGAAAACUGGCAGGACGAUGAAGAACAGCUGGAAAAACAGCUUUAUCGAGACGGUUGCGAAUGUCUCACUCUCCUCUCUCAACGCCUCGGCCGGAAGAAAUUCUUCUUCGGAGACUCACCCGCCUCUUUGGAUGCCUCCAUCUUUAGUCUUCUAGCCGGCCUGCUUAACGCCAAACUCCCCAACGGGAAAUUCCAGCAACACCUCAAAUCGCUUCCAAACCUCUGUAAUUUCUGCACGUCCAUCUUGAGCCUUUAUUUUCCCUGGGACGGAGACGUUUCAUUGCCCAAAGUAGCUGACAUCCCCCAGCACUGA